AACUAUCAUGAAUUAUCGUUAGAUGGCGCCAUAUAAUAUAAAUAUGAUUUGUCCUUCUCUGUGUGAUGUGAAGAAAACAAAUGAAUAAUAAACCAUAGUAAACAAUUGAACCUAUAGCUUAUUGAACUUAUUUAGGAUCGUUCAAUCGUUUUCAGUACUGGCCAUUGCACACUAGCAGUGUAUAUCGGAACAUAAGCCUUGUAAAAGUUAUUUGUUUUUGUCAUGGAUAAGAAUAAGGAACAAACGACUUCUACAUCUUCCGUUUCUGGACUAGAAUACGAAAAAUCUUAUUUUCUAACCGAGGAGGACUGUAGGAAAAUAGAAGAAAAGUUUGAUAAUAUCAAAUUUCCAUUCCUUUUUGGUAAUAUAAAGCAUAGACGUAGGAGGGAGUUAGGAAUAAGGGAUAAAAUGUCAUUUCAAAAUAGAUCAGAAGCAGGAUUGAGUACUACCCAAGCCUAUGAAGAUGUUCAAUGGUAUCCAUUUAAAAACACUGAUACAGUUGCAGGAAAAAUGACAGAGAGUUAUUUACACCAUCUUACUGAGGCAAUGAAGUGUCAAAUUUCUGCAUUUCAUCUUCUAGCAAAUGCUGAAUUCUACCACAAAAAGAUUGGAUGCGAGAAAACUAUUAAAAUAUGGAAACGAUUGGACAAUGUAAUUCCAAUGUGCUCUAAACUUAAAAUUGAUACAGUUGCAAGCAUUAUUGGAGGUUAUCUAGUAUUUGACCCAGACUCUCUUUAUUUUUAUAUCGAAUUUCUUGAGACAGUUAAAUUUUAUCAGGAAGAAGAAGAAAAAGUUAAAAAUUUAAUAUCUGAGAUAACAUCAGAAUUUACAAAUAGAUUCUCAACUUUUUCUUUUCGCCUAGCUAGACUACAGAAAACGAUUAAAUCCAUUAGUUCAAAAACAUUUAAGCAAGCAUUUAAGCAUCUUCCAUCAGGAUCAUCUGCAGAAUAAUAUGUAUUUCAACAACUUCAGCUAAUGUUAUAGGAAUAGCAGUAGAGAGAAGAUUUAAUUGAUGCAAGAUGGAGAUUAUUUAGGAUUCUAUAAAUGAAAAUGUGUGUUUGUGUGGUCAAAGGAAAAAUUGCAACUGUGAUUUCUCUUUCAUUCAAUCCAGAGUUAUUUCGAUUAACUCGUACAAGUGUAGGCCAAAAAGUGAUUUUAUUUUUAGAUCAGGAAAAAUUACUGAACAAAAUGGCUGCUCAUUGUAACUUAAAAGAAUUUUUGUUUUAGAAGGAGUCACAAGAUUUUUAAAAGAAAUUGUUUAAAAAUUUCAGAAAAAAAUGUUAUCAGACGAAAAUUUGAUUGGUUUAAUGAUUGAAGUAUAAUCUCGAUAAGUUUGUGUUUUGUUGUAUUCUCGACGUAUAUAUGUAUUCUUGUUUUUAUUAGACAAAUAGUCUUAUUUUUAUUUAACACAAAACUUCUAAUUUUGCACUUUGAAGAAAUAUUUAUCAACGCUAUAACUUAAAUACUAUAAUUAUUAUCAUUUAUAUCAGCAUUAUUUAGAUAAAAGUGCUUUCCAGCAACAUACACAGAGACUCAAUUCUCUUUACUAUGACACAAUCGUACAUAGUUAAAAUAAUGUACAAUAUUUAACACACCAUUGAACACAUAGUCAUCAUAUAAGAAUAUCAUUAUAAAUAACACAAAUAACAUCAUAUAAAGACAUCGUUAUGACUUUAUUUGCUAUUUAUAAGUAUAUCUAAAAUAGCUUUAUGAUAUCCUCGAGCGACAAAUAUUUUUAUGAUAUUAUUACGACUUCUUUUUUCUGGGAUCAUAGGUAUCAACAUUACAUUUUGAAAUAUAAUGCUGAAAUAAGAAAGUGUAUUAAAAUUAUCUAAGCAGUAAUUCAUCAACAAGUCGAUUGUAUUAUACAAGACAUUGUAUAAUACUGUGUUACAUAGUAUAUGACUGUAUUCCAUUGCUGGAAAGCAAAAUGUAUCAGCUUAGAGUUUAAGUAAACAUAUUAUCUUUUGUCGCCUUUUUUGUAGUUACUAUUAAGAUAUUUUUUUUAAUUUUAUAUUUUUUGUAGAGAACGUCAAAUAAAAUUGUAAUUUG